AUGCCUCCGCGCAAAAGGCCACAGCCCUCUGCGGCCAGGGCGCAACGUCCUUCAGAGACUGGAAACCAAUCGGCGACUGAUCCCACGAAAGCCAAGCGUCCUUCCCAGUCCAACCCUGUCUCACAGCCUCAUGAGCACUCCGUGCCCGAGAAUGCGUCCACACCUUCGAACUUCAAGUCCAGGGACCCAUUCGAUGCGCUUUUGGAACCGUUUUAUUACAACAAGGGUCUUACAGACCCAAUCAAUACGGCCAAGGACAAAUGGAACCUGCUGCCGGCAUUCUUGAAGGUCAAAGGACUGGUGAAGCAGCAUCUUGACUCUUACAACUACUUUGUCGAGGUGCAAAUGAAGAAGAUCGUGGAAUCGAGCUCUACAAUUCGAAGUGACGUGGAUCACAACUUUUAUAUUAAAUUUACCGACAUCUACGUUGCUUCACCUCGACGAGCCGACGAACAAGGCGAUGGCGGACUUGAAUUCGAGUCGACAAUCACGCCGCAGGAGUGCAGACUCCGAGACACUACGUAUGCCGCGCCCAUCCUCGUUGACUUUGAGUAUGUCCGUGGACGGCAAAGGGUCAUCCGACGAGGUGUUCCCAUCGGAAGAAUCCCCAUCAUGCUCCGGAGUUCUAAGUGUGUUCUCUCGAAUAAAACACCUGCUCAGAUGAGCGUCCUAAAUGAAUGCCCCCUCGACCCCGGUGGAUACUUUGUCGUCAACGGAACAGAAAAGGUCAUUCUUGUGCAAGAACAGUUGAGCAAGAACAGAAUUAUCGUCGAAACCGACCCAAAGAAAGAAAUUGUCCAGGCUUCGGUUACCAGUUCUUCCAACGAGCGCAAAUCCAAGAGUUACAUUGUCAUGAAAAAGGGCAGGCUUUAUGUUAAGCACAACGUGCUUAAUGAGGACAUUCCAAUUAUCAUUUUGCUCAAGGCCAUGGGUAUCCAUACGGAUAAGGAAAUGAUGCAAAUGGUUACCGGUGACGAUAGUUUGUAUCAGGAUGAUUUCGCCAUCAAUUUUGAGGAGGCCAUCAAUGUUGAUGUUUACACCCAACAACAAGCCCUUGAGUGGAUCGGCUGCCGGAUCAAGAUUAAUCGCAAACAAGCGGCUUAUCGCAAGACACACGUCCAAGAAGCCGUCGAGGCUAUUGCGUCUGUCAUUAUCUCUCAUAUUGAGGUCAAAGACAUGAAUUUCCGACCCAAGGCCAUCUAUGUUGCUCACAUGGCUCGCCGCGUUCUGAUGGCGAAGAAUGACCCGGCUCUAGUCGAUGACCGUGAUUAUCUUGGAAACAAACGCUUGGAGUUGGCAGGUCAGAUGUUGGCUCUUCUCUUUGAAGAUUUGUUCAAGAAGUUCUGUUUCGAUAUCAAAAUGAACAUCGACAAAGUCCUGAACAAGCGCAAUCGAGCGGAACAGUUCGAUGCUUGGACUAUUGUGACUAUGCACGGAAAUCACAUCACUCAGGGCAUGAACCGAGCAAUCUCCACAGGAAAUUGGAGUUUGAAGCGUUUCCGCAUGGAGCGUGCGGGUGUCACCCAUGUUCUCAGUCGAUUGAGUUACAUUGCAGCUCUGGGUAUGAUGACCCGUAUUAGCAGUCAGUUCGAAAAGACCCGUAAGGUCAGUGGUCCUCGUGCUUUGCAGCCCUCCCAGUUUGGAAUGCUUUGCCCCGCCGAUACCCCCGAAGGAGAGGCCUGUGGUUUGGUCAAGAACUUGGCCCUAAUGACGCAUAUCACAACGAAUGACGAAGAGGGACCGGUGCGAAACUUGAUUUUCAUGUUGGGCGUCGAAGACAUCUCAGUUGUGGGCGGGCAGCAACUCUACGCUCGGGGUGCCUACACAAUCUCCAUUAACGGUACACCUACUGGUUUGACCAGACGCCCAAAGUCCUUCCUCAACGCUUUCCGACGACUGCGCCGCAUGGGGCGCGUUUCUGAAUUCGUCAGCAUUUACAUCAAUCACCACCAGCGAGCCGUGCAUGUCGCGACCGACGAUGGUCGAAUUUGCAGACCGCUUAUUGUCGUGGAGAAUGGCAAGUCUCUUGUUAAGGCUCAUCAUCUUGAGAAGCUGCGUGACGGAAAAAUGGAGUUCGACGACUUCCUGGCACAAGGCCUUGUAGAAUACCUCGAUGUGAAUGAAGAGAACGACUCUUACAUCUCCAUCUACGAAAAGGACAUCUCAAACACACACACCCAUCUUGAGAUCGAGCCCUUCACGGUCCUCGGAGCUGUUGCUGGCUUAAUUCCAUAUCCUCACCACAACCAGUCACCCCGUAACACCUACCAAUGUGCCAUGGGUAAGCAAGCCAUUGGCGCUAUUGCUUCUAAUCAGUUCCAACGAAUUGAUUCUAUUCUCUACCUCAUGGUCUACCCACAAAAGCCAAUGGUCAAGUCAAGAACCAUUGAGCUGACAAAGUACGAUCAAUUACCUGCUGGCCAGAACGCAACCGUUGCUGUGAUGAGUUACUCUGGAUACGAUAUUGAGGAUGCUUUGGUCCUGAACAAGGGAUCUGUGGACCGUGGCUUCGGACGUUGCCAGGUUUUCCGCAAGUAUGUCACGACGUUGAAGAGUUACCCCAACGGAGCCAAGGAUUCUCUCCGACCACCGACAUACGAGAAUGGCGCUCCCAUUCGCAAGCACGCGCUCCUCGAGGCCGAUGGUUUGGCCGCAGUCGGCGAGAUGGUCAACGCAGGUGAAAGUUAUAUCAACAAGGUGUCACCUAAAGUCCAAAACUCGAUGGGCUUCGCCGGCUCCAACAUGGGCGGAGGCGAAGUUAUCGAGGCAUCCAUGACCUACAAGCUGCCAGAUCCCGCCUACAUCGACAAGGUCCUGGUAUCUGCCACCGAAGGCGAGACGCAACUCAUCAAGGUUUUGACCCGACAAACUCGUCGCCCCGAAGUUGGCGACAAGUUCUCUUCCCGUCACGGACAGAAGGGUGUUGUGGGAAUUAUUGCAGACCAGGCAGACAUGCCAUUCUCGGACCAAGGCAUCAACCCUGAUAUUAUCAUGAACCCCCACGGUUUCCCCUCUCGAAUGACAGUCGGAAAGAUGCUGGAGCUCGUUGCCGGCAAAGCAGGCGUUCUCUCUGGCCAGCACGGCUAUGGUACCUGUUUCGGUGGCAGCCCCGUCCAAGAAAUGUCCCAGAUCCUGAUCGACAAGGGUUUCAGCUAUGGUGGCAAGGACUAUCUUACUUCUGGUAUCACCGGCGAGGCUUUGCCUUUCUACGUCUUCACCGGUCCCAUCUACUAUCAGAAACUGAAGCACAUGGUCCAAGAUAAGAUGCACUCGCGUGCUAAGGGUCCCACCGCUACUCUCACCCGUCAGCCUACCGAGGGUCGUUCUCGUAACGGAGGUCUCCGUCUCGGUGAGAUGGAGCGUGAUUGUUUGAUCGCAUACGGCACCAGUCAGCUGCUGCUGGAGCGUCUGAUGAUCUCGUCUGAUCGCCACGAAGUUGAUGUCUGUGAACAGUGUGGCUUCAUGGGUUAUCUGAACUGGUGCCCAGGCUGCAAGUCGUCUCGUUCUGUUGUGAAGAUGGUUAUUCCCUAUGCUGCCAAACUCCUCAUUCAAGAAUUGAUGAGUAUGAACGUCACGGCUCGUUUGAAGCUUGAAGAUGAGUUCCCCGAGAUGAAGGGACGUUAA